ACUAUCACUCGACCCGUGAGGAGCGACGCGACGCGACGUGACGUGACGCUCUCAUCAGCUGUUCUUCCGCUGUUACCAGCUGACGUGUAACUGUGUGCCGCGGUGUUCUAGGUAGACAUGUGCUGAUCAUGUUACCCGGAGUGCGUAUCUUCCCCGCUCCAGCUCCGACCUCCACGACAGACCAGUCGACCACCACGGCUGAACACUUGGCUGCCGCCGCCUGGGCAUUGCCUCUCUUCUACCAACAACAAUGCGAGCUCCGAGCUCGACUACUGCCUUACUUCCCUCUGGCCAGGGCCAAAAGAGAAUUCCCUCAGCCCAUGGCAGAUAUAUUCUACCCGAGACCUGAGAAGCCACCGUACUCUUACAUAGCGCUGAUAGCAAUGGCCAUCACCUCCGCACCGGACCAGCGACUCACUCUGAGUGGGAUAUACAAAUUCAUCAUCGAUAAGUUCCCGUACUACAGGGACAACUGCCAAGGUUGGCAGAACUCCAUCAGGCACAACCUCAGCCUCAACAACUGCUUCGUAAGAGUGCCACGAGACAGGAGUGAGGGAGGGGGCAAGGGCAGUUACUGGACAUUGGACCCAGCUCAGGCUGCUAACAUGUUCGAGAGGGGCAACUACCGUCGCAGACGCUCACGUAGACAGAAGGUUCAGACAGAGGCUAUACCACUUGAGGUUCAGAGGCCAGAAACGACAAUCCCAUGGCCUAACCACAAUGUAGGACUAUCAGAAGACAGGAGCCAGAAGAAAUCAUCACUGUUUACAAUAGAAAGCCUUAUAAGACAUAACAGCAAUGAUUCCCAACAUAAUGUAAAUAGCAAUAAAGAUAGAUAGUUUUAUAUGUAAUAUACUUAAGUCAAGAAAUUUACCAAAUAAAAUGAAAUAUUGAAUAUAGCAUAAUAUGAAGCUAGCAAUUUAAAAUAUAUAAUUAUUAAUUACAUUAAAAAUGUUCACACUGGUCAGCAUAAGUUUUGUACAAAUUUUUGAAUUUGCAAUAAAAUUUAAUUUGAUCAAAGCA